CCCCCCGAGGCGAGACGGUCGCCAUGGUAGUGGCCGGGCGCACAACUGGGCGGAGGAAUGAUGGCGGUGACUGGGUGGUUGGAGAGUCUGCGGAAUGCCGAGAAGACAGCCCUGCUGCAAGAUGGGAGAAGGAAGGUGCAUUAUUUGUUCCCAGACGGGAAGGAAAUGGCUGAAGAAUAUGAUGAGAAGACGAAGGAACUCCUCGUAAGAAAAUGGCGUGUAAAAAGUGCCCUGGGAGCCUUGGGCCAGUGGCAGAUUGAGGUGGGAGAGCCAGCACCCCACGGAGCAGGGAACCUGGGGCCCGAACUCAUCAAGGAAAGCAAUGCCAAUCCCAUCUUCAUGCGCAAGGACACCAAGGUGUGUUUCCAGUGGCGGAUUCGAAACCUCCCCUACCCUAAAGAUGUUUAUAGUGUCUCUGUGGACCGAAAGGAGCGUUGUGUCAUCAUCAGAACAACCAACAAAAAGUACUACAAGAAGUUCUCUGUUCCUGACCUGGACAGACACCAGCUGCCGCUGGACGAUUCUUUGCUGAGCUUUGCUUAUGCCAACUGCACCCUGAUCAUCUCUUACCAGAAGCCAAAGGAGGUCCUGGCGGCCGAGGCGGAGCUGCAGGAGAUGCUGAAGAAGGUAAAGAUGGCCCACAGCGGUGAUGGGGACUGUAAGACACAGUAACGGACCCCUGAGCCUGCACCUCUGGUGUGAAGUGGGGGAGGCUCUUUCCAUCAGCAGGCGAGACUUUGCAGCCUGGGCCUUUCCUACACAGGGGUGGCCUCUUCUCAUCCAGGCUCUGCAAAAGCUGGACCACAGGGCACUCCUGGCUCCAGUCAUGCCUUCUCCUGAGUAAAGUCAUUCUCAGUCAC